AUGUCGCAGAUUGCAUGGGCCCAAGAACAGAUCCGAGAACAGCAGAGAAAGGAGGCCAAGGAAGCUGAAGAAAAGCAAGCAAAAGCUUUAGCUGCUGAGGACAAAGAGUUCAAAGAUUAUGCUGAGCGUGAAUUACAAAAGGCCCGGUGCUCUGGACGAAUUAUUCUUGACACAAAUAAGGCGCCUUCAAGGCUGGAGAAAAAAUGUAAGGAUGAUCGGCCACAGAGCUUUCUCCCACCUAUCAACUCAUUGCCACCUCCUGCAGACAUACACUGCGAAUCUGCUGGAGCAAAGUGCAGAGAAGCUUUGCCUAAAACUAAGGCCAAAGUCACUCCACAUAUUGUCAACCUUACCUUAGGUACUCCCAAGGCAAAUGGAGUACCAGCAAGGCUGACAUGUAACAAACUGGAGUUGACCAAUGACCUGAAGCCCAGUCCCCCACCCCAGCCCAGACAAAAAACGGAAGCAUUCAGACACAUGGACGGACCUACAGCUGCUGAUACAGAGGAACCCUUACUGAGGUGUCGUAUGGAUCCAGUUCUCCCACCUAUCAACUCAUUGCCACCUCCUGCAGACAUACACUGUGAAUCUGCUGGAGCAAAGUGCAGAGAAGCUUUGCCUAAAACUAAGGCCAAAGUCACUCCACAUAUUGUCAACCUUACCUUAGGUACUCCCAAGGCAAAUGGAGUACCAGCAAGGCUGACAUGUAACAAACUGGAGUUGACCAAUGACCUGAAGCCCAGUCCCCCACCCCAGCCCAGACAAAAAACGGAAGCAUUCAGACACAUGGACGGACCUACAGCUGCUGAUACAGAGGAACCCUUACUGAGGUGUCGUAUGGAUCCAGUUCUCCCACCUAUCAACUCAUCGCCACCUCCUGCAGACAUACACUGUGAAUCUGCUGGAGCAAAGUGCAGAGAAGCUUUGCCUAAAACUAAGGCCAAAGUCACUCCACAUAUUGUCAACCUUACCUUAGGUACUCCCAAGGCAAAUGGAGUACCAGCAAGGCUGACAUGUAACAAACUGGAGUUGACCAAUGACCUGAAGCCCAGUCCCCCACCCCAGCCCAGACAAAAAACGGAAGCAUUCAGACACAUGGACGGACCUACAGCUGCUGAUACAGAGGAACCCUUACUGAGGUGUCGUAUGGAUCCAGUUCUCCCACCUAUCAACUCAUUGCCACCUCCUGCAGACAUACACUGUGAAUCUGCUGGAGCAAAGUGCAGAGAAGCUUUGCCUAAAACUAAGGCCAAAGUCACUCCACAUAUUGUCAACCUUACCUUAGGUACUCCCAAGGCAAAUGGAGUACCAGCAAGGCUGACAUGUAACAAACUGGAGUUGACCAAUGACCUGAAGCCCAGUCCCCCACCCCAGCCCAGACAAAAAACGGAAGCAUUCAGACACAUGGACGGACCUACAGCUGCUGAUACAGAGGAACCCUUACUGAGGUGUCGUAUGGAUCCAGUUCUCCCACCUAUCAACUCAUUGCCACCUCCUGCAGACAUACACUGUGAAUCUGCUGGAGCAAAGUGCAGAGAAGCUUUGCCUAAAACUAAGGCCAAAGUCACUCCACAUAUUGUCAACCUUACCUUAGGUACUCCCAAGGCAAAUGGAGUACCAGCAAGGCUGACAUGUAACAAACUGGAGUUGACCAAUGACCUGAAGCCCAGUCCCCCACCCCAGCCCAGACAAAAAACGGAAGCAUUCAGACACAUGGACGGACCUACAGCUGCUGAUACAGAGGAACCCUUACUGAGGUGUCGUAUGGAUCCAGUUCUCCCACCUAUCAACUCAUUGCCACCUCCUGCAGACAUACACUGUGAAUCUGCUGGAGCAAAGUGCAGAGAAGCUUUGCCUAAAACUAAGGCCAAAGUCACUCCACAUAUUGUCAACCUUACCUUAGGUACUCCCAAGGCAAAUGGAGUACCAGCAAGGCUGACAUGUAACAAACUGGAGUUGACCAAUGACCUGAAGCCCAGUCCCCCACCCCAGCCCAGACAAAAAACGGAAGCAUUCAGACACAUGGACGGACCUACAGCUGCUGAUACAGAGGAACCCUUACUGAGGUGUCGUAUGGAUCCAGUUCUCCCACCUAUCAACUCAUUGCCACCUCCUGCAGACAUACACUGUGAAUCUGCUGGAGCAAAGUGCAGAGAAGCUUUGCCUAAAACUAAGGCCAAAGUCACUCCACAUAUUGUCAAUCUUACCUUAGGUACUCCCAAGGCAAAUGGAGUACCAGCAAGGCUGACAUGUAACAAACUGGAGUUGACCAAUGACCUGAAGCCCAGUCCCCCACCCCAGCCCAGACAAAAAAUGGAAGCAUUCAGACACAUGGACGGACCUAGAGCUGCUGAUACAGAGGAACCCUUACCGAGGUAUAGUACGCCGGAAACCCGUCGAAUCAGACGAAAACAGGAUAGCCGUGUUUUACUCUUUUAA